AUGGAAAGUUUACAAGAAAAAUCUAAAUUAGUUGAUAAACAUAUUCAGCAAUUAAUAUAUCCUAUUGAUAAUAUCGAACAACUUGAUUCAGAUGUACAUAUUAAUGUACUUGAAGAAAAAAAUAUACAAUUAAAAACAGGUGUACAAAAUCCUAUUGAUGAAUUGGUUACACUAAAAAAUCAACAAGAAAUAACACAACAUUAUGAUUUUGUAAACAAAAUUUCAAUAGUUUCUAAUCAAUUAACUGUUCAACAUAAGAAAUCAGUUGAAGUUUCACAAUCAACAGCUUCAGCUAUUCCUAAAAAUCUAGAAAAAUCAGUAGCUAAUACUGCAAUGGAUAUAACACGAUUUGAUUUACGUAUUGGAAAAAUUCUAUCUGUUAAAAAACAUCCUAAUGCUGAUUCUUUAUAUGUUGAACAAAUUGAUGUUGAAGAAGAAAAACCACAAACAGUAUGUAAUGGUCUUCUAAAAUAUAUGCAACCAAGUGAUCUUGAUCAAAAACUUGUUAUUGUUGCAUGUAAUUUAAAACCAGUAAAAACGCGUGGAAUUACAUCUGAAGCAAUGCUUAUGUGUGCAUCAACAUCAGAAAAAAUUGAAUUACUUGAACCAUUAAGUGAUUGUAAACCAGAUGAUCGAAUUGAAUGUGAUGGUUAUAAUUGUUCAUCAUCGCAUGCACAAAUUACAAAAGAAUUAUCUGAUUAA